AUGCCUCCUGUAGUUCCGUGCUUGCAGAAGGCAGUGUUACUAGAUACAGCCUUCAUCUUAAGGAAAGAACAUAAAUUGAGGUUAGUCCAGAUGCGGGGCGCCGUGCUCACUGUGCUGUUGGUGGCAGCUGCGACCUUCGUGUCCGCAGAGCAAGAUGCAAAGGACGCAGACCGGGCCAAGUUUUUCUUCGGGACUUACCGGACCACCACGUACACCGUCGUGUCCGCUUCCACGUCGACAGUGUUCGCCACAUGCCUCUCUGGCACUGACACCACCCUGUGCGCCGGCCGCAGUGCCCGGCGUGCCAGGAGGAAGCUAGACAAGGCCCUCGAGGGCGUGGCAAAGAUCGCAGAAGGAGACGGAGACCUCAGCGGCAGCUUGCUGGACAGCAAGAGCGUCGCCGAGAAUGUGGAGGACGUUGAGGACAAGGACAAGCUCGCCUUCACCGUGUGGACCACAUCCCGGACCACCACCUCCGUCACCGUGUUCUUCACCAACACCUCGUCCACUGUGCGCGUCUCCUUCUACUGCGUCGCCGGCGGCAUUUCGCUGCCCAACGGCUGCGGCGGCACCGGCUGAGGCGGCGGCGGACGGCCCAGUCUCCUGCUCGCCUGCCUCUGCACGACUUUGUUACUGUACAUAUAUGUAAGGUUCUGAGCUCUUCUGUAUAUUUAAGAAAUAAAAAGAAAGCCAAA